UGGUGUAUUUAUGUUGUUUUCUUGACUUUGUCUCAUCACUCUUCUACAGUUCUAACGUAAAUGUUUGUGAGAUUUGUUUUGCACAUUGCACCUCAAAACAAUUAUGCCUAUCUCCGACAAUUUGAUAACCACCCCAGAAGAAGAUAGCUUAUCUUGGGACCAUGUUCAAAUACCGGUACCUUAUAAAUUUCACCAAGACCACGUUCGACUCGUAAACGGUCCCUCGUCGGGACGUCAUAAUGAGGCCGCCACAUUUAUUCUCGAUUCUGUCGAAAAGUCAAGUGAAGCUAUCGACUCGUUGUGGAAGCUUGGUCCCUUGCCUCCUUCGAUCAGACCAACAACUGCUGAUAACCCUACAAAGUCUAAAUCUGAGGAUAAAGAAACUAGUAGUAAACCCCCCGGUGAAAUCGUGCUAAUAGACAAAAUAGUUUACAUAACUGUCCAACAAUUUAUCCAAAGUGUGAUUCAUCUCCUCUCCGGUCGAGGUUCGAUCGUGUUUGUUCUCAAAAAUGGAAAAUUUUCGAAAAAUCCGUCCCUCUUGGUACAUGGAUUGACUCAUUCGGUCCUAUGGAAUUACUCCUUACCAUUUGUGGAAUUAGGGAACAAUGUACGAAAAUUGCGUCAACUUGGAGAAUAUGGUGAUGGUGGGAGUGGUGAAUUUGUGGCAGGGACGAUUGUAGAUGCCGCAUUUAUCAAGUUCGCGUCGAAUUAUGUUAAAAUCUUUGAUACCGUGUUGAUGGUAAAUUUCAACACGAUUCAUACUUUUACAGAACUCUGUACUUUUAUUGAGCCAUUCCGCCAACAAUUGGACGCUCUUCAUCAAAUUUGGUUUCACAGUGAUAAGCUUCCUCAUGAUUCCGUUUCAUUUAUGAACAAUCUUAAUUGGCUGUUACUCUCGGAACGGUCCAAACAUUGUUCUCCUUUAAUUAAGAACCUGUUCAUCUCUUGUGCAACCGCAUACUUAACACACGUGUCAAAUUGGAUGUUUCGAGGUCAACUCCCGUCAAAGUCUGAAUUUCACAUUACCAAGAUAAAAGAUGAGCCCUACUUCGAUAGACGAUUUUGGUCCAAGCAGUUUCACCAUGUUCAAGAAGUACCAGAGUUUCUUAAAGAAUCUUGGGAAUUUGUCUUUGAAACGGGAAAAGCAGUCAGUUUUUUGCAACUAAUCCAGAAAUCUGAAAAAAAUUAUGCCAGCAUCACCCAAGAAGACGAUAAUGAUCCCCUUACAAUUUAUUCGAAUAGUCAACAAGAGGAUUAUAGAAUUUCAAAAAUUACAAGCGGUCAAAAUGACAACGAAGAAGAAGACGAACGUCUUGACCCUGACAAGUUGAUCACUACUGCACCUCCUGCUUACUCAACAGCCCAUAUUCUUCCAUCCUCGUCAAGCCGAUUCACCACCGCCUUUAUGUCGGCCAACAUGUUCACCCCGUUCAGUAUCACCAAUAUUAAUAAUGACGACUUCAAAAAUGCUGGUGCUGCUUCCACAUCUCUGACCACGACAGUAAUGACUACUACUAAUGAAAAUGAAGAAAAACUCUCCUCUACUAUUGCCUCCUUACGCCAAGAAAGCUCACCCUCCCUGCUGAAUCAAUUUCUCUCGCAGGCCGUGACUUUUGUGGCCCGUGCUCAAUACAAAGUCACAAAUGCUGCUCUCCUGAAUUUCUACAUUUGUGAAAAAAAGUUGUUCCACCACGUGUCCGCCCUUCACAAUUUUCUCUGUCUUCAAAAUGGACUGUUUGGCCACGUUAUGACGAAACUAUUAAUCCUAGAAAUAGAUCAACAACAGGCCCCAAAAAAUCAACUGGGUCAACAGCAAGAUAGUGGGAUUUUGUCAAGGAUCGGUCGUUUAAAUACCAUUUUGGUUGAAGCAGUUGGGAUCGCGGUAGAGAAUGAGGAUGAUAAAGAAUUCGCGACCAAUUUAUCAUUUACGCUCAAUACCUCCAGCAAAACCGCAUCCAAUUUUGUCCUGGAAAAAGGUGGAACCGGUGACCAUAAAAAAGAAGCCACACCACACAUCUCAUCCCCAUAUCAGACUCUGAAUUCUAUUAAAUUGUGUUACAAUGUGACUUGGCCACUGAAUGUGCUGCUAACGGAUGAAGUGAUUCACUCUUUCGAACGAAUCUUCAUCUUUCAGAUGCAACUAUAUCGGGUGGAAAUGCUCCUGCAGUCCACAUUUGUGUCCAUGAAGGCAACAAGUGUUAAAAAGUCAUCAAAGAAACUCUUCAUGUUAGCCACGUAUCGAGUCAGAUUGCUCCACUUUGUAAGAACCAUUAGGAAUUAUGUCAACGUUACUGUGAUUCAGUGUGCCUGGAGCGACUUGUGCGCAUCCUUUGAGAAGAUAGAUUCGUUGGAUAAAAUUUACGAGGCCAUUGUUCGCCACAUUAAAAAUAUAACCACAAAUUGCCUCCUCGGGACAAAGGCGGAAGGUGUCAUGAAACUGUUAAUGAAUCAACUCGUAAUUAUUGAGACGUUCUGCCAUCAGCUCCGCCAAUUCACCAAGGACAAAGAAGAUACAAGUUGUAUUGAUUACUCUCAAAUUUCCGAUACCGAGUUUAAAAGAUUGUCACGAACGUUUAAGGCUGUUGAUGAAAUUGGAAAGGUUUUUGUUGAGGUGGCGUACAAAUUGGUGCAUCGAGGCUACUACCCUAAGGUAUCGUAUUUUUUGGAAUUAUAUAACUUCAAUGGGUUUUACAGUACGAGUACAAGCGGAAGUGGGCAGAAGAUAACAUCAUCCUUGAAGAUUUGAUAAUGUGCUUAUUGACUAUUUUUAUACAAAUUUAUACUCUUAAUAAUAAUUAGGCUAGAAGUUACAAAUAUGUGAUACCACAUAGGAUUGUGUAUGAUUCGCAAUCUAUCGCUAAUAUUCAUAUUCUUAAAUAUUAUUAGGUCUUUUGAGAUUUGGUAAUAUAUAGACUCGGAUAAAUAAACCAAAUUACAAGUACGUGUUCAAGCCAA